AUGGCCCCGCUCAAGAAGCGUACACCCAAGGCGCGUUCCUCAAGAAAAAAGAAGACCGCCAAACUGCAGCUCACCGGAGUUGCCGCCAACACUGAUACCUUGCAUUGUUGUCUUGUGUGUUUCAAAGACCAGCCUUUGAGCGCCUUUCCCGAUGUUGGCAACACUGGUAACCAUGACCAUGACAACAACACGUGUCGCAAAUGUUUCAACCGAUACACUGUUGACCAGAUCAAGUCUGGCAAGGAUGAGAUCAGGUGUUGCGAAUGCGCAGAGCAUUUGACCUACGACCAGGUCAAGACCAUCAUCUCCAAGACUUCUCUGAUCACCUACGACAAAGUCUUGGCCAAGGCAUGCGUAGAGUCAGACGCUGACUUUCGCUACUGUCUUUCGGAGAAGUGCAAGUCAGGUCAAAUCCACGUGGGUGGCGCAGAGCAGCCUCUUUUCAAUUGCGGUGCCUGCAAGGAACAACACUGCGCAAACUGCGAGGUCCCAUGGCAUGAAGACGAGACUUGCGAUCAGUACCAGGCCCGUCACGAUGAUGAAAUCGUUCAGACAGCAGUCGUCUUGUCCAAGAUCUCAAAGCGAUGCCCCGGAGGAUGUGGUGCUAGAAUUGAGAGAGACGGUGGAUGUCCCCACAUGAUCUGCAUCAAGUGCGAUCUUGACUUCUGCUGGAACUGCCUUGGAGACUACGAACACUUGGAUACCCAGGGAUUAUGCACACCAGCCCCGCAAGCCCGCGCUGAUUCGCCCUCUGAUGACAUCAAGUCUCGUCAGGCAGAACGUCAAAUCCGCAAGGAAGCUCGCCAGGAGGAGGAUGAUGCGUCAGAGGCCCUCAUCAUCGUUACCACCAAGAAAUGCCCCCGCCUUCAUUGCGGCGUACCCAUCACAAAGGACGGAGGAUGUGAUCAUGUGACAUGUCCCAACUGCGAUACCCAAUUCUGCUACUGCUGCCUUGCCAACUACGCCACAAUUCUCAAGUACGACAACCGCCGCCACAAGAAGCAUUGCAUUUACCAUCCUUCCCACAGAGAUCGUCAGGAGUUCCCCACCAAGAGUGACUCCGACGAAGACGAAGACGAAGACGAAGACGAGAGCACCACCGCCGCCGAUCCUCGCGCCCAUGCUGCCGUCAACGAUCUGGAGAGCGAAGAGAAUUUUGACCAGGAGCUCGUUGACAACGAAGUGGCCAAGAUGCUUGAGGAUCACGGCAGGGCUCGCGCAGCCGACAAAAAGGCUGCGGCCAAGAAGAAAGCCGCUGCGGCUGCAUCAAAGAGCGCAGUAUUCACCACUCGUCGCGCCCUUAGAUCGAACACUUUGGUCUUCACAUCGGUCACCGGAACGGUCGAGCGUCGCAUCGACAGAACCCGUACUCGCGCUCUUGACCGCGCUGUUCGCGCUCGUGGCAUCUAA